AUGAAUCGAUUGCAAGAACGAAAGCUUCGAACUGAGCCAGCGCAGUCAACCUUCCAGAAGCUUGAGAGUUCCCAUUGCCUCCCAGCUGGAAUCAAAAUUCACGACCUCCUCUCCGGAAAAUACAAGCCUAAGAGCGACAAAAAACUCAUCCACUUCAAGGACGCAUCUCGUGAGCAACGAGAGCCGUUUCACGCGAAAAAUCUCCCGCAACGAUGCCUCCAAAACUACCAUUCCAUGGCCCAUCCAGCAGGAAUGGUUCUCAAUGAGUUCGCGCAGCUUCGAAAUUUCACAAUCAAGCAUGAAGCUUUCAAGCCAAAAAUCAGCAACUUUGGCCACCGAAUCGUCAUCAAAGGCAUGGUCUUCGCCGAGGCCGAAGCAUUGAACAAAGCAGAUGCGAAGCGAAUCGCGUAUGACAUGACCGCCAAGAUCAUUUUUGGACCACCUCGCCCAGAUGCCUACUAA